CAGGCAGGGCAGGCAGCCCCGCAGGCAGCGGUGGGAGCAGCAGGCAGGGCAGGCAGCCCCGCAGGCAGCGGUGGGAGCGGCAGGCAGGGCAGGCAGCCCCGCAGGCAGCGGUGGGAGCGGCAGGCAGGGCAGGCAGCCCCGCAGGCAGCGGUGGGAGCAGCAGGCAGCCCCGCAGGCAGCAUGGCAAGUGAUACCGGCAUCCCCUGUCACCCCACCGCCUCAUUCACGCGCACCCCGGGGCACCGCUGAGCACCACCAGCCGGACCCUGCAGCCGGUGGGACCAUGGGGGGCCCCGAGGGCAGCUAUUCGGUGCAGGCUACCGCCGCCAUCGCCGCCACAAUCACCUUCCUGGUGCUCUUCACCAUCACGGGCAACGUGCUGGUGAUCAUGGCAGUGCUGAGCAGCCGCUUGCUGCGGGCGCCCCAGAACCUCUUCUUGGUGUCGCUGGCGGCCGCCGACAUCUUGGUGGCCACCCUCAUCAUCCCCUUCUCCUUGGCCAACGAGCUCCUGGGCUACUGGUACUUCGAGAAGACGUGGUGCGAGAUCUACCUGGCACUGGACGUGCUCUUCUGUACCUCGUCCAUCGUCCAUCUCUGCGCCAUCAGCCUGGACCGUUACUGGUCAGUCAGCCGUGCCAUCGAGUACAAUGCCAAGCGCACGCCGCGACGCAUCAAGUGCAGCAUCCUCAUCGUCUGGACCAUCGCCGCCAUCAUCUCCCUCCCACCCUUGGUCUACAAGGGGGAGAAGAAGGCUGCAGCGGGGGGGCGACCGCAGUGCAAGCUCAACGAGGAGGCCUGGUACGUCCUCUCCUCCAGCGUCGGCUCCUUCUUCGCCCCAUGCCUCAUCAUGAUCCUUGUCUACCUGCGCAUCUACCUGAUCGCCAAGCGCCGCCACCGCUCCCACCCCAGCAGCACCAAACCAGCAGGAUCAGUGCCACCGAGCGUCACCCUCCCAGCCGGUGCAGACCCCCCGGGGACCUGCCCGCCGGCGGACAGGACCUCACUGCUGAGCCCUGAGGAGCCCCUGGCCUCCUCUAGCCCCGGGGCAGGGACAUCCCCACAGCCCGGAGGACGCCCAAGGGACACCAUGGCCACCGGGACAGGGCAGGUGGUGUUGGCACAUCGGCCGCCGGCGUUGAACCCUUGGAGGAGGAAGACUCAGGUCAACCGGGAGAAACGUUUCACCUUCGUCUUGGCCGUGGUCAUCGGCGUCUUCAUCCUCUGCUGGUUCCCCUUCUUCUUCCUCUACAGCCUGGGCGCGCUCUGCCCCCAGCACUGCAAGGUCCCCGACAGCGUCUUCCAGUUCUUCUUCUGGAUCGGCUACUGCAACAGCUCCCUCAACCCCGUCAUCUACACCGUCUUCAACCAGGACUUCCGCAAAGCUUUCCGCCGCCUGCUCUGCCGCUGCCGAGCCCCGACACCCUGGUGAGGGGCUCCGGCUGCCCCCUCCCUCCUCCUCCUCCUCCUGGUCGCACUGGCCGCCCAGAGCACCCCUUGGGGUGGGGGUGGGGUUGAAGCCCUCAAAGUGAUGAUGGGCCCCUGUCCCCAGCCAGCUGCUGGCGCCUGCCUGCUUGCCGCCUUCUCUGUCACCAGAUUUCCCUGGGGUGGGGGCACAGGCCACUGCGCCACCACCCCUGUCCCCAAGCCCAGUGGCAUCCCGGCAGGGCCCCCACCCCAAGGC